AUGACUGAAACGGUUAGAACGUAUUUGAAUCCUGCUCACUUCUUCAUGCUGCUGCGUGCUCACGGAACAUCUUUUUUCGCAGGGGUGCCAGACUCCUUGCUGAAGGAUGUGUGUGCUUAUAUCACAGAUAACGUCCCUGGGAGUCAGCACGUCAUUGCUGCCAACGAAGGUACGGCACUUGCCAUGGCCGCUGGCCACUACCUUGCCACUGGCAGCGUCGCUUGUGUCUACCUGCAGAACUCCGGCCUGGGAAACACCAUCAAUCCCCUGCUCUCGUUGUGUAGUAAGAAGGUAUAUGCCAUUCCCGCCCUGCUCCUCAUUGGCUGGCGCGGAGAGCCAGGCAAAAAGGACGAGCCGCAGCAUCUUCUGCAGGGCGCGCUGACUCCCACCAUGCUUGAGAACAUGGGAGUCCCCUACGAGAUCCUUCCAGAUUAUGCAGAAGGUGCCUUCGAGGUCAUAACCAAAGCAUAUGCGCCGGUCUUAUCGACAUGCACCUUGAAUCGCAGAGUGUGCGUGCAUGAGUGCCUGCGCAAAGGGAAAGAGCCCUUUGCACUCCUGGUGAAGAAAGAGACCUUCGAGAAGUACAGGCUUGCCGCGGACAGUUCAGUUUUCAGCGGUGACGACAUGCUACACAGAGAGGAAAUCCUGGAGGAGAUCAUUCAGAUUUUCCCGUCGUCUCCUUUGGUGACGACCACAGGGUUCACCUCGCGAGAGAUGUUCGAACUGCGGGUUCAGAAAGGCCAGUCGCACGGCCACGACUUCCUGACAGCAGGGGGCUCAGGGCUUGCUUGCGUGAGAGACAGAGUUGGUAGCAUGGGGCACUGCUCGUCCAUCGCACUUGGUGUUGCGCUUGCGCAGCCGCAGCAGGAGGUCCUCUGCAUCGAUGGUGACGGUGCUGCCUUGAUGCACAUGGGCUGCUUUGCAACGAUCGGCAGAUGCAGCCUUAGCAACUUCAAGCAUGUCUUGAUCAACAAUGCGGUGCACGAUUCAGUUGGUGGCCAGCCAACAGGAUCAGUGAGUAUUGAUUUCCCAGCCAUCGCGAAGGCAUGUGGCUACAAGGAGGUGCUGAGAGCUCGCAGCACGGGAGAGGUGCGGGAAGCGCUAGCAACGCUGAAGGCAAGCAGUGGGCCCUCUUUCUUGGAGAUUCAGGCGCUGCCUGGUGCUCGGGCCGACCUCGGCCGUCCUACGACGUCCACGCAUCAGAACAAGGAGGCUUUCAUGAAGCAGCUUCGUGGAAAGCUCAAUGACUGA